CCAAAGUCCAACUAUAUAUUUUCCCAGUUCCAACUCUAUCUAUAAUCCUUUAAAAGAGGCGGAGCUGCAAUGGCGUCUCUGCGACUUUCUUCUCUUAAUCUAUUGGUCUCGACUACCAGUCAAGCUGCCUCUGCCCGGUCGUCGUUGCUCUCGCGGCGGAAAAUUCACUUCUCUUAUCUUGGGUUCACUCACAGGAAUAAAUAUUGGGCUUCUGUCUCACGCAAUUUCUCUACUCAAAUCAAAGCAAGGAAGGAGACACCAGAGAGUGAAGAGGGUAACCAUAAGACGGGCCAAGAUGGAUUCAUCACCCCUCGUUCUCAGGACUUCAAUGCCUGGUAUCUCGAUGUCAUCGCUAACGCCGAGCUUGCCGAUUAUGGUCCCGUCCGUGGUACGAUGGUUAUACGCCCUUAUGGCUACGCUAUCUGGGAAGCUAUCCAGGAUUACUUGAAUGCUAAGAUCAAGGAAACAGGUCAUAAAAACGUGUACUUUCCGCAGUUUAUACCAUAUUCAUUUAUAGAAAAAGAAGCUAGCCAUGUGGAGGGUUUCAGUCCAGAACUAGCACUUGUAACCAUUGGAGGAGGAAAGGAGCUAGAAGAAAAACUUGUGGUACGACCUACUAGUGAAACCAUUGUCAAUCACAUGUUUACUCAAUGGAUUCAUAGUUACCGUGAUCUCCCUCUCAUGAUCAAUCAGUGGGUGAAUGUUACAAGGUGGGAAUUGCGGACAAAACCAUUUAUUAGGACACUUGAAUUUCUCUGGCAAGAGGGUCAUACAGCUCAUGCAACUGCAGAAGAGGCAGAAAAAGAGGCACUGCAGAUGAUUGAUGUCUAUGAGAAAUUCGCUUAUGAGCAAGCUGCAGUACCUGUUAUUACAGGUCGAAAGUCACAGCUUGAGACAUUUGCUGGUGCAUCAAGAACUUAUACAAUUGAAGCCAUGAUGGGUGAUCGUAAGGCUCUACAAGCUGGAACUAGCCAUAACCUUGGGCAGAAUUUCUCCCGUGCCUUUGGAACACAGUUCACAGAUGAAAAUGGACAAAGGCAGCAUGUAUGGCAGACAUCAUGGGCUGUCAGUACCCGUUUUGUUGGUGGUAUCAUCAUGAUUCAUGGAGAUGAUGCUGGUUUGAUGCUUCCUCCCAAAAUAGCACCAGUACAGGUGGUAAUUGUACCUAUCUGGAAGAAGGAUGAUGAAAAAACACAAGUUCUUAAUGCUGCAUUAUCCGUAGAAAAUUUAUUGAAAGCAACAGGAAUCAGGGUGGAACUGGACAAGUCUGAACAGAGAACCCCAGGAUGGAAGUUUAACUUCUGGGAGAUGAAAGGUGUUCCUUUAAGGAUUGAGAUUGGACCUCGUGAUGUUUCAAGUGGAACUGUAGUCAUCUCAAGGAGAGAUAUUCCAGGAAAGCAAGGUAAAGUUUUUGGAAUAUCUAUGGAACCUCCGGUAUUGGAAGCCUAUGUGAAGGACAAGUUGGAUGAAAUCCAAUCUUCUCUUCUAGAAAGGGCAUUAUCUUUCCGAGAUAGUAACAUUGUUGAUGUGAACUCGUAUGAUGAGCUGAAGGCUGCAAUUUCUCAGGGCAAAUGGGCAAGGGGUCCCUGGGCAGCGAGUGAUGCAGAGGAAUUGAAGGUGAAGGAAGAGACUGGAGCAACCAUUAGAUGUUUCCCGUUUGAGCAGCCCCAAGGAGCGAAAACAUGUUUGAUGACUGGCAAUCCAGCGGCAGAAGUUGCAAUAUUUGCGAAGUCAUACUAACUCAAAUUUUCCUUUGAUUUUUGACCACCAUCUCAUUCAUUUUUGUACCGGUAGCAUCUGCAGAGAUUCUUUUUCAUUUUUAGAUGCAGAUUUUUUUUAUCCUAAAUUAACAUGCCUUGCCAAGAAAUCAUGAUUUUCCACACGUUGAAAGUGUAACCAAUUUGUGGUAAACGGUUGAAGUUUCAAAAGCCAUGUAUUUUAAAAUUGUUAUCAUUUAUUGAAUUUUAUGUAUUUUGUA